UUUGUACGGUUGGCACCGCCUCCUGGCAGAGCCCCGCCCCCCACAACAGAGUUCAGAGCGAGACCCCGGAGACCCGUGAGUGUUGUAUUCAACCUCCCGCGCUUCCAGGAAGCAACACAUUUCCGGCGCGCUUCCCCGGUGACCCGGCACCGUCAUCCAGCGGAGAGCCUUACGAUGACUGAACAUUACAAGAACAUAGAAGAUGAAACUUUUCCAAGCUUUUUAGCAGACUCUGUUAAUAGCCACCUCAGUGAAACUCUUGAAAACUGCACGCUGUCUUCCAAUUUAGGGUUACCCGUUGCUGCUUCUACUGUUGCUAAAGCUCGUGCUGCUUUUGACCGCCCUCUGGACGUUCAAGCUUCCUACUUGGAGAAUGAAAGACUGCAGUUUCCAGCAAGCUGUUCUUCUAGCUUAAGUCAAUCUGGAGAAGAAAAAAAGAAAUUCGUCCUUAGCUUUAAGGAUGAUUUAAGAGACUUGAAUGCGUUUAUUGAAGCCAGCAAUGUUAAUAUUCAGUUGCAGAAACUUGAGUUGCAGGAGCAAAAAUUUCAAGAGGAGCCACAUCAAACAAAGCGAAAUGGGUCACAAAACAAUAAGGACUGGGUUUGCAGUGCACCAAGCUUAUUCAAUGGUGCAGAAAGAGAAAUGCAAGGUUUUCUAGAACUGGAGUUAAGUUCAUCAGCAGCAAGUUUCUUAGAAAAUGAAAAGUUAGUAUCCAUUGCAAGCUUAGAUGGCAGCUCUUCAGAUGAGCUGGAUGAUGAAGAAUUUGUUGAUGAUCAGCUGGAGGCCUACUUUAAAAGGCUGUUGCCACCAGGAAUGCAGCGGGGAGUUGUUGAGGGACAAGAAAUUAAAGAUCCAAAAAGAUCUUCAUACAUGGAUGAUCUCCAGAUGCCUCACGUGCGUUUGGCUGCCACUGGCAUGGAUUCAGCUCCUGAUAGCGAUGAUGAUGUGGAACUUGAGCUAGAAAAAGCUACACAACAGCACUUACAAAGAGAACAUUUUUUGGGAAGCACCAAUGCACCUUUGGCUGAAGAGCAGCAUAGACCCAGCUCUCGUCCAGGCUUGGAAGGCGGCAGCUCAGAGGAAGAAUCUUCUAAUGAAAUGCGAGGUGUUCCUAAUGUGUCAGCAUUUAGACAGUCUGCAGAAGGCUAUGAUGUUGGUUCACCUGGAGGGUUUCCUGUUGGGGCUGAAUCUAAAGAUGGAAGCAAUGGAGAUUUUGGUGGGUCAAAUAAUUCUUUGAUUUCAGAAUCGCUGGCAUAUGGACUGUGGAAAAAAGACAUGGCUACCAGAAAUAUAGCCGGGGAGGAAAGUACAUCUUUUAUAAAGCAGGUAUCUUGUGAUAGGAUAGCCCCAGUUGGAAAUGGUAGAACGUCAAAGGACAUUAAAGAAAUGUAUUCUGAAUUAGAAAAAAGCCAAAACGUUAACCAAGAUAAGCCUAGCUUGUUCAAUCUAAAUUCAUCACCUGCAAAUACAGCACACAAACUGAACUCCCUGUAUUUCCAAGAGAGUAGAGCUCCAAAUGGUGAAUUUGCUUCAGAGAGCUCAGCCAAUUUUCCUCAGAUGUUUUCUGAUACAAAUCAUACAAAUGGGUUUGUGGAUGCUGAAAGCUUGGACACAGCCACAGCUGGCCAAGAAAAUGUUGGUCGAUUGGCAGAUUCAUAUUUAUCACCGACUUGUUCCAACCAGACUGGAACUAGUCAAGAUAUCUGGCUGUCGGGUGAGAUGCAGCCAUUUCAAUGGAGCUUUCAGCAGAGUGAAAGUGAGAAAGGUAGUCAGUCACAUAGUGUUGUUUAUCAAAAUGAAGAAGGAAAAUGGGUUACAGAUCUUGCUUACUAUAAACCAUUUGAAAAAGAGGAGGCUGUAGAUUUUUCUGGAUCGAUUAACUUUAAAGAUGAAGAUUUUAUUGUUGGAAGUGAUGCUGUAGUCAAGCUUGAUGAAGACCAAAAAGAGUUUGAGGAAGAAAAUAAAUUCAUUCAGGAAGAGAAAAUGGAUUUAGAGAAUUACUCUCUUAAUAUGGGUGACACAUCAUGGAAGCUUCCAGCCAGUGGUCCUGUGUUACUGAAAGCAUCUCGGAUUUCAGAUUUAUCCCAGGAAGAGGCAAGCUAUUUGCGUCUCUCUUUAGGAGAGUUCUUUGGUCAGAGAUCAGAAGCUAUGGGAUGUCUUGGCGGAGGUACAAAUGUAAAACGGCCUUCUUUUGGCUAUCAUAUCAUUUCACCGGAGAAACAAGACCCAAUUGUGUUAUUGAGGAAUUCAGAUAUUUCUGAAAAUGCAGAGCUCGAUGAUACCAUAAAGUUUUGUGAUAACACCUUAACUCCAGAAGAUCUUGGAUGUUUACCAGAUGAUCUGAAGAUAUCAGCAACAUUCCAUAUAAAGGAGGCAGAAAGUAAGGCAGAUAUAAGCAAACAUGACAAAGAAGAAUACAAGGAUAUUGCAGAGGAGCAGCUUCUUGGCAAAAGAAACCUUUCACCACUGAGACCUGGUCAAACUGCAGAAGCCACAUUACUUAAUAUUAGCACUAUUGCUUCAGCACUAGCAAAUGCAUCAUGCAGUGCUAACCCUUCUGAGUUGGCAGAGAUGAUCAUAGCAUUGUCAAAUAAAAAUAAAUUGUUGUGCGAGUCUUCAGAACUUCAGCAAUCAAAACGGUUGUCUGAUCCACCUGGACAAUGUUAUCCCGGACAUUUUGAUAUGGAAAGGUAUCUUAAAGCUACAAUUAACUGUAACCAAGACACUGAUAUUGAAAGCUUUGUGAACUCUGUAAAGGAUUUUACCUGGGACUUGUCUGCAAGGGAUAAGCUGCAAGAAUCUGCUACAGGAUUAGCCAAUAUCACAGACAUUCAAAAGGAAGACUUAAGAAAGCCAGAGUAUUCAAAGGAAGUUCAAGUUGGGUGCAAUAAACUGCAGUCUACAUACAGUGUAGCUAAAGAUGUAUCAUUACAGCAAGAUGUCACUUCAAGCAGUCUAAGGGCUAAGAAUAGCCAUUCAUCAGAAAUGGCUGAAACAAAACCUGAAUCAUUCAGGACCUCUGUCAGUAACACAAACAGAGAAAAUAAAAUAAAUAAUGAGGAAAAUAAAAUUAAUUCUUCAGCAACUGCUCCACUAAACCCAUAUUCUUUAGAAGGCGUUUGUUUAUCAGAUGGCAAAAGCAGCCACACAGAGAAUAAUUCUUUGAAAUCUUGUUUUCCAAGUAAUACAAAGACUAGUUCUUAUUUAUCAAAUGAUCCAACACCUGCACCUUUUUCAAAGGAGGCCUAUAUUAUACGCGAUGAUACUUCUCAGAAGCAUGUUAGUUUCCAGCCGCCUCCAAGUGGAAUACCUCAGAAAUUGUCAGAUUACAGUGUGCAUACAGUGGAAGAGGAACAUUACAGUUUCAGGCCAUCAACUUGCCCUUUGAUUCAUUCUUCUCCAAGCCAGGAUUCCAUGAAGCUUUCUGAGAAAGAUAGUUUGUCCUCUGAAUCAUCGUGUCUCAGUCCCAGCCUAAGCAGACUGACCUAUUGUUCAGCCACAGAGAAUACGUUACAGAAUACUACUAUAAAAAGUCCUGAUAACAAAAAGGGCAAUAACACCAUAGAGCUAAGUACCACUAUAGUGAGAGCCAGUCCUACACCUUCAGAAAUGCAGAUGAUGCAAAACAAUGAUUUGCCCCGGCAGGAAAGCAAAUUUCAAAAAUACACUGAAACUACUAAAGUGAGCAAGAGUUUAACUGGAAUCCGGGCUCUUUCUGCUAAUAGUGGAUCAGAAACAGAAGAAGCUUUAAAAGCAGAUGGAAAGAGAACAGAAUUGGGACACCUAGCUUUAGAUUAUAAAGAAAAAGUUAAAGCACUUGGUUCUGAUUUAUUAGCCGAGAAGUCCCUUCAAACCCAGUCAGAUGGUGUCUCCCCUUGGCAACAUUAUGCUUCAAAAUCUACUCAAGGUCUUUCUUCUGGAGAUAUACUGCAGUCGGCUUUGCUUGAGAAGUACAAUGCAGUUCACAAUAUCCCUGGUGGUCACCAGUGUGGUUUUGCACAAGGCUUUAAACCAGUAUUGCUAGCCAGUUCUGAUCCAAGACUCCUUAAUGCACCUUCUCUUUCCACCACUCAAUUUUCUCAACAAUACUUAGCAGGUGUUACUCAAAUUCCCCCUUUUGCAGUUGGAAGCCAUGGAGGGUAUCCUGGGUGUUCACUUCAAGGUCCAAACAUCCAUGCCCCGAUGACUGCAAAUGUUGCUGCAAGUGUUUUUUCCACACUUUCAAUUGGUAAUUCCACUUCAGGAAGUCAAAGCAGUAGCCUUCCUUUUCAUUUGGUGGACUCCCAGGCUGGCUCUGGACUCUCUCAGUGGUCUACAAGAAUGUCAUCUGGUUUUGGACAAGUUUUGGUGCCAGAAGAGGUGACGUUCCCUAACACGUGUUGUGUUGGCAUUGCAUCUCAAGCAUCUUUAAACAUUUUCAAUCCCAAUGAAAGAUGGAUGCAAGUCAAUAUUAGUAUGAUCAGUAUAUCUGUGAAUGGAGAGAAAAUUGAUGUUGGUGCCCACCAGUGCUUAAUUUUUAAGAAUAAAACCAUUAUUGGUCCACGGGCUUCUGAAGAAGUGAAAAUUCUCCUUUUACCUCAGAGGCCAGGGCUUUUCCAAUGUGUGCUAUGUUUAUCAUCUUGGCCUGUAUCUGCGGAUACAGAAACAAUUGGAAGAGCUGAAACCAUAUCUUCAAAAGUCGUCCUUACUGCUGUGUCAGAAUAUCCCUUAAUUGAGGUGGACACAGGAAAGGCUGACUGCUUGGAUUUUGGCGAUUUGCCAUCUGGCACUUGGAAGACUCUUCCAAUAAAAUUGAUUAAUAAGACACGUGCUACCGUACCGAUCAGACUUAUAAUUAGUGCUAAUGCCACCGCUUGGCGUUGCUUUACUUUUUCCAAAAAUCCUGCAGUGAAAGAAUUUGCUGUACAUGGAGAUCCUGUCUCAAAGAUGUCUUCCCCUUCUGUCAUAAGCCAUGUUAUGCAUGCAUGUUAUGACAACCAGGAAUCUGAGGUAUUUGCGCUGUGGGUUGCAUUCCAUGCUCCUCAAACUUAUAACUCAGCAGCUUGUUUGCUUGGACCACCUGAAGAAUUCAUAGCAAGGAUUGAUAUUGAAAUUGACAGCCCAGGUCCUUCUUGCCCGUUGAAAAGUAUCCCUCUGCAUGCAAGAGUUGGCUGUGCCCGGAUACAUGCUCCUAAAGACUUGCAGACCAUUCAUUUAAGAUGUAACGUGGGUUCAUCAACUAAGCAACAGCUUCCUCUUAAAAAUGCUGGAAAUAUUUCAACACACUUGUUAGUAAAGUGUACAAAUGAAGAUAAUGUUUUUAGUGUGGAUGCAGAAGAACUAUUUCUUGGCCCUGAAGAAGAGCAAGUAGUAACUGUAAAAUUCACACCUCGGUGUUCUAAGCCUAAACAGAGUUGUUUGAAAAUUAUUGUGCAGCCUUCGGGGCCCCAAUAUGAAGUUGCAUUGAUCGGCGAAAGUGAACUACCAAUAACCAAGAAUUCAGCAAACUUACAGUCGCUGAAUAAUUCUGAUGUACCUCCCAUUCUUUCCAAUAAGCAGUUCAUGUCUUGGGGUGGAGUUGCUCUUGGAAGAGCGGUGCAACAAAAGUUAACACUGAGAAACACGUCAACCAUUUCAAGCCAGCAUUUGCGCCUCUUAAUAAGAGGUCAAGAUCAAGACUGCUUUCAGUUGCAAAGCACGUUUGGUUCGGAAGAACGUUUGACUAACAAUCGUGAUCUUACAAUUCGUCCAAAAGAAGAUUCUUGUGUUCAGCUGAUGUUUUCACCUACACGCAUAGGUUGUAUGUUGGCUAAGUUGGAGAUCAAGCAAUCUGGCAUAAAACCCUCACAGCCGGGAAUUAAGUUUACUAUACCCCUUUCUGGUUAUGGUGGCACAAGUAACGUGAUACUUGAAGGAGUUCAAAAGCUGUCGGACAACUACAUGAUAACACUAAGUGGUGUGAUGCCUGAUCGUGUGAGCAGGGGUAACAUCUCAAUAAUAAACACUGGUUCCAGGGCAGCAUAUGUUAAAGCUGUGUGCUUUGCGAAUGUACAGAAAGGUCUGCUAAUGGAUUCUGACUCUUGUUAUGUCACUCCUGAAAAGUUUGUAAUGAAAGAAGGCACCCAAGAGAUUGUUACUAUAUCCUACAAUGGUGCAGGACUAGGGGAAUGCCUUCAAUCUAGCACAUCGCUGUUAUGCACGGUUUGUUUUUUCUGUGGUGAUGAAGUUUCCAGACAGCAGUUUCGCAGGGCACUGAAAUACAAACCCGAAUCUGCACAAAAAAACAUUGCUGAGAAUACAAAGUUAAAAAAUAUACAAUUUGAUGAAGAGUUUCGCGGUGAGCAUUUUGUGUCCGAAGUGUAUGAUUUGCCACAGAGACCAAAUGAUGUUCAGCUAUUCUAUGGGAAUAUGCAGAAAGUUACACUUUCUGUAUUUGGAAGUGCUUCAGAAGUGAAUAAUCGUUCAUCUUUGCCGCUGUGUCUAAAUGUUAACUUAGCCAGCCCUCAAGGAAAUACAGAAAGACACCUUAGCUAUAUGUCACUUGAUGACUUACCUGUCAAAGGCCCACAAGGACCUCUUUUGCCAAAUACCAAUGUUUUGUCACAAAAUAAUAUUCCUGAACAGCAUCCAUGGACUGUGAAGCCAGAUGUCCUAGUGUUAAGAGCUCCUAAUGUUGGUGGCCUGGCAGGAACAGGACAUAUCCGAAUUGAGAACAAUUCUCCAAAAUCGUUACAGUUUGAUCUGUCUUGGCCUGCGCAUUGUCUUACCAUUACGCCGCAGCAUGGACAUGUGGAGCCUCAGGACCAUGCAAUUAUCCUAGUGAGUCCAAAUCCUUUGGUAUCCACAAAGCAGACCAUGCUUCCAUGGAAUGGCCAGAUCUACGUCCAUUGUGACAUUGGUCAAAAGAUUGUUAAAGUUCAGAUAACUAGUGAGGUUUCCUCAGUUGUGUCUGUAAAUGAAGGCGUACCAAAGUCGUCAUCUGUCCUUUCUCCCCGUCUGGAAGCACCAAUUCAUGUAGCAAAACCUCUCUCUAAAGCUUACUUGUCUAAAGUUGAAAUAAAGAAUCGGACUGUAGUGUUUCCAAGAACUGCUGCAGGUGGAAGUUCAGAGACGCUAUUGGAUAUUGAAAAUUCAAGUGAUACAGAUAUGAAAUGGCUUCUCUCAUCUUUCGCACCCCCUUAUGUUAAGGCCAUUGACCAAAGUGGAGAUGUGUAUCGUGCAACUUAUGCAGCUUUUAGAUGCUCUCGCAUGUCUGGUCUUCUUUCAGCUCAUGAGAAACUAAAAGUGCCAGUUACUUUUUUCCCGAGAGACAAAGGUGAUUAUACUCAGUCUUGGGACCUUGAAUGUCAUCCAGUUUCAGAACCGCAUUUGAAGCAUAAAGUGAGGUUUCAGCUCUGUGGAGAAGGUGUCAAAGAUGAAAGUGAGUUGGUGAAAAGUUCAGUUGAAGCUUUAGUAAAGACAGAAGUGCAAGUGAAGCCAAGGAAAAGAUCUGGCUCGGAAGCAUCUACUUUAAAACCAGCGCAAGAUGAUGCAGUUCGGGGAGUUUUUGCUUUAGAAGAGAGAUAUACCUUUCCAUCUACACUUGUUGGUGAAUCCAGCUCGUUGAAAGUUAAUUUAAGGAACAAUUCAUUCACAACCUAUAUGCUGAGAUUUGUAAGUCCAAAAGAGCCAUUUCACAUGAAGCAUUCAAAGUAUUCUCUUAGAGCGCACCAUUAUAUCAACCUGCCCGUGAAAUUCAAACCUAUGGCCGUUGGCAGAUUCGAAGGCCAACUUGUUGUCCAGACAGACGCCGGAGAUAUCUAUAUUCAACUUGUUGGUGAAGCACUGUCUAAGUAAAAUGUGUGUGGUCUAUUGUGUGUAAUGUUAGUAUGCUGCUAUGUAAUAUUCACAAUGCCUAAGUGCUAGACACUAAUUGUACAUUUUCUGUAUUAAUAUUCAUAGUUUUUACUAAAGUUGGUUGAAGACUGGCCUUUCCGUGUGUUGGUUACUUUCAGCUCUCUAAGAUUAUGAUACAGGCCUUUCAGACCCAGCUGGAUAUUAGUAAAUGAUAAACUGGACAAUGGGUGCUUGUUCUCUCUAUUAUUUUGGUUUAUUAACUUUGUGAUACUUGCAGCAGCAGAAAAGUUCUUGUACUGCUGUUAGUUUAUAUUGCGCAGGAGAUUUACAAAGGUCUCCUCAUCUGUUCCCUGUCUUGGAUCAAGGUAAAAUAUUCUUAUGCCUGCUGUAGUAAGCAGUUAUCUUUUUGCUUAGAUUUCUCUAAGCCCAGACUGAAUUUGCACCAUUAACGGAGGAGCAAAAUAUUAUUUCUUUAAAUUUAUUGAUAUCUAUGUGAAAUGUUUUAAUCCAAAGAUGAUUUUCAAAAUGCAUUCACAUUUUUUUUUCUAGUGAGGAAUAUUUGCAAGGUUAAGGACUGUAAAUCCUUGUAUUUUUAUAUUGCUUGUAUUAAAAACAAGACUGUCUUGAUGGAUUUUCUUUUGUUUGAAGUGUUUCUGUAUUA